AUGUCGUGCACAAAUGAAGCGCUUAAUAAUACAGCCCACCUCAAUCGUCUCAAAGCAAGCCUGGAAAAAGCUAGUAACAAUCAGCAAGAUGCGCAGGGGAAGUGGUUCGGCAAAGAGACGCUCCUGUUUUGUUCUGCACCUGAUACGGGUGAGUCCAGCUCAAGGGACACCCAUUAUCCAUUCAAUUGCGACGGCAUAUCGAAGAUAUUCAGGAUCGGCGCAGCACAAGUCACGGGCAAGCCGUAUCCAUGGACCGGCAACCAGGUCGAGUAUAUUCUCCCUGGCGAAAAUGUGGGCAUGAAGCCUUCCGACAUGUUCCGGCCGAAUGAGGACAAGGUGCUGCGGACUGGCUCUUCUGUCGCCACAGCGCUUGCCGCGGGGCUUGCGGCCAUGAUUAUCCACUGCGUGAGGCUCGGUGCAGUGUACAACUUCCACAAGAACAAUCGCAUUGGCGUGAGUGAGCGAUCUAUUCGAGCAAUUAAAACGUUUAAGGGUAUGAAGGCCGCGUUUCAGACCAUCAGCAAGAGUGAUUGGGCAAAAGGCGAUAAAAGCCUUGAGGUGGAAACCUUCUUUAAAGACGAUGGAGACGAGCUGAGUAAGGACGCACCAAAGAGCGAGAAGGAUAAUGAACAGUGGAAAGAAGAAAAAUGGGAGAAUGUCGCGAAGAUUGCGCGGAGCUUGUUGCAUGAUAACGUGGAGAAGGAGUAUGCCAAGUGUUAG